AUGGUUACUACCGGCAAGUCGCACCCGGGUGUCGAUCCCCUGCACCGGCUUCCACCCACCGCUGCCCCCCCUGAGGCUAUCGCGACCUCGCCGCCGUCGAAACGUGACUUGGCUUCGUGGUGGAGACAAUUCAAGAGAAAUACCAGAAAGGAGGAACCGAAAGAAAAACCCCAGGGUAUCUUCGGCAUCCCCCUCAACGUCAGCAUCAAGUACGCCAACGUCGCUAUCUCCCUUACGAACGACAACGGCGAGAGCUUUAUCUACGGAUACGUGCCCAUCGUGGUCGCAAAAUGUGGAGUCUAUUUGAAAGAGAAAGCGACCGACGUUGAGGGCAUCUUCCGUCUGAGCGGCUCUGCAAAGCGCAUUAAAGAUCUUCAGGAAAUCUUCGACUCCCCCGAGCGUUAUGGAAAAGGUUUGGAUUGGACUGGCUAUACUGUGCAUGAUGCGGCGAACGUUCUUCGGCGCUACCUGAACCAGCUGCCGGAACCGAUCGUCCCGCUAGACUUUUACGAACGGUUUCGCGAACCCCUACGGACGUAUCAACGACAGGUCCAGGAACAGAUUCAGAACAACGCCCCGCCCGCGGACACCGAGGCCUUCGACCAUGCCAAAGCGGUCGCGGCCUACCAGCAGUUGAUCCGCGAGCUACCCCCGUUGAACAAACAGCUUUUGCUCUAUAUCCUCGACCUGCUGGCUGUCUUCGCGUCCAAGUCUGAUCAGAAUCGCAUGACUUCGGCCAAUCUGUCCGCCAUCUUCCAGCCAGGAUUGUUGUCGCAUCCGCAGCACGACAUGUCUCCAGACGAAUACAAGCUAAGCCAGGAUGUCCUGAUCUUCCUGAUCGAAAACCAAGACCACUUCUUGUUUGGAAUGAACGGCACCGCCGCUGACGAGCAGACGGUCAAGGAGGUCGAAGGGGGUCUGGCCCGCCGGCCCACCACUCAUUCCAACAUUCGACGCUCGGUGUCGAGUGCCAGUGGCGGUGCGGAGAGCUUCCGAAAGUAUGGAAGUCUGCGCCGGAAUGUGUCUGUCUCGUCGAAGAAUUCCCGCAACUCCAAUGCUGCAACCCCUGCUACGCCGACCUCACUGGGUGGUGUGGGGGUACAUCGCAGCAACACAUUGCCGUCUAAGAUGACGCCCGUGAUUCCUCCAUCACGGUAUGGACGACCGGUGGAUAACACAGGGGUCAACUCAUCGGCACAUACUUCUGCGCAACACUCGCGAUCGUCCAGCCGUGCGCCUGCACCUGCUGAGGACACCCCUCAACCUCUACCCCAGCCUCAACCUCAGCCUGCUCCUCAACCCCAGGUUGCUCCUCAAGCUCAGGCUCAGCCUCCUCAACCCGAGCUUGCACCCCCAACCCAGAUUGCACCGCAACCUCAGCAUGCGCCCGAACCACAACCUGAGUUGCCCCAGACCAAUGCUCGGAUGAGCCCUGCACCUAACCAGGUUGCCCAGGGCACUCCCCCGCCGACAAAUGGUCAGGGAUCCAUAACCGAGGUGGUAGAGCCAGGGACAGGGAUCGUCUACGUUCACUCGUCCACACACGGACCCGUACCAAAGACUGCGCUUGAGAAUGGAAAUGGACUUGGCGAUACGAAACCUGCCACCGCAAAUCCCAGUGUGGAGAAGCCCGCUGUUGAACAGACCAUUGCAGAAAAGCCAGUUGUGCAGCAGCCCAUCGCCCAAAAGCCCGCUCAGACUCCCAUUGCUGAGAGGCUGAUGGCAGAGAGGCCUAUCCCACACCCUGAACAGACAAGUACGGAGAAGCUUGGUGACAGACCUACCAGUGAACGGCCCAUCCUGCGGGAAGGAUUGCCACCCAUAGCUGCUUCACCCCCGCCGGCGGUGGUGACGCCGACGCGGGAACGCAAGCUCUCUAGUCUCUUCUCCAAGUCACCGCCACCAAGUGGUGAGCAUAAAGAGCCGCGACAGCCAAAUCGCUUGAAGAAGAAGCGAAUCCCUGGCAGCGCGAGUGAAACGAUCUUGCAUACUUCCCGACACGCGGAGGUCAACAAUGAUGCUGGAGGAGCGACACCACGAGCCCCCAACACUACGAGUUCUGAUGAUCUGAGCCCGCCACGAGAAGGCAGGCCAGAGAAGCAGCUGUUGCCGCACGAAGGUGGACAGCAGGCAGGCGACACAUCGCUGCGGCCUUAUGGCUCACGGACCCCAUCGAUGAACUCUCGGUCAUCGUUCACCGAUUACUCGGAUGCUGACCCUACCGAUGAUGCGUCGCGAGCGGAGCGUAAGGAGCAUCGCCGCAGCUGGCGGUUCCCGCGCUCAUCUAAACGCAGCAACGAGCAUAUUGGCUUGGGACUUGCCUCACCACCGCUCAUCGCCACGACACCUGGUGCCGACCGGAGCACUAGCUCGAUCGGCAGUUGGCACCACUCUAGCAGAAGCUCACCCUCGGAUUUGCAGCAAUUUGCAAACGAUCCGUCCUACCAACCUCUGAGCUUGGACGCGGAAGUCAGCAACAACGGGGCCGCUAAGGACGCAUCUCUGGCUGAACCCGAGAAGCGCAGCCUGUUUGGCAAGUUCAAAGCCAAGGUUGCGCAAGUGCGAGAUGGUGUUAAGGAGUCCACGGAACGGGACCGGACGAGAAGUCCUGUAAACUCAGAGGCCGACCUGUCCGUGUCGAGCCACACCCUAUCACCAUCUGGGAAGGAUAGUCUGCGAAACCGGCCUGCUCCGAUCGAUGUGACUAGCUAUCCUAAAGAGGGACAACUAAGUUCACCGGUCUCUCCGCUGCCGGGUUCGGGACUGCCGCCGGCGAUCCCUGAGGAACCACGGACACCGGAGAGUCCAGUUGCGGUGCCUGGCUUAGAGCAGAAACAGGAGCCUGCUGUGGCCGCGCCUGUUGCCUCUCCGCCAGUAGAGACGGAAGGCACGGAUGCCGGACCGGGGCCCGCUGUACCCUCAUAGAUGAAGAAUUUUGCUUUCUUUCCUUUGUUAAGUGGUUUAAGGAUAUGGACUGAUGGACGGCACGAUUCACGUACCGGUGGCUUGAGGCUGCCAUGAUGACUGUCGUUGAUGCACUUAUGGAUCACGAAUGAUGUAUGUAUUGCUUGUUGGAUGGCGUGCCAUGUAUUUCAAAUAGUUGUAGAUUUAUGUACGGAUACAUUGACACCAUUUGCAGAAUUGUAG